AUGGUGGAGCCGGAGGUGUCGAAACCGGAGGGAGCCAACAAAGAAGAUGUCGCCGGAAGAGAAGAUAUCUUCGUUGUUGUGGUUCAGACUACGUUUUCACUUUUGUCUGCUUCAAACCUACGUGACAUUGAGGUAAAGUUAUUAAAGGGCUCAUCUGUGUACCAAGCAAAGUUCCAUCUGGUGUUCCUAGAAGGACAUGGGAAAGGUUCCUCUGGUUUAUAUCUUGGCUGCCUUCAUCCUAGCUGUUAUGAUGCUGGGAUCUAUUUCUUUGACCUUAGCGUUGCUUCAACCUGUUUGUUAAUUGCAAUUUUAUUAAAGAUAAUAAUGAAGCGCCAAUUUUCCAUUAUUCAGUGGGAGGCUCUUGCUCUGUUGCUUAUUGGAAUUAGCGUAAAUCAAAUGCAAGCUUUACCUGAGGGAAGUAGUAGAAUGGGUGUGCCACUUGAAAUGGGUGCAUAUAUCUACAUAUUCAAUUUUGCAACUGUUCCAUCUUUGGCUUCUGUCUUCAAUGAAUAUGCACUGAAAAGUCAAUAUGACACAAGCAUAUACCUUCAAAAUUUGUUUUUGUAUGGAUAUGGUGCUAUAUUCAGUUUUCUUGGGAUACUUGGAACAGUUGUUAUCAAAGGCCCUGAAAGCUUUUAUAUUUUGCUUGGACGUUCAAAAGCUACUAUGCUUUUGAUUAUAAACAAUGCAGGGCAAGUUAUUUUAUCCUCAUUUUUCUUCAAAUAUGCAGAUACAAUUUUAAAAAAGUAUUCAUCAACUAUAGCAACAAUUUUCACAGGCUUUGCAUCUGCUACUUUGUUUGGUCAUACUUUGACUAUAAAUUUCUUGCUAGGAAUUUCUACUGUUUUCAUUUCAAUGCACCAGGUAUGUGAUUCCGAUGGAAUUGGAAUUCAAGAUGCAGGUGUGAAUAUGUUUGUUUUUUUCAUUUUUCUUUAAUAAAUAUUUUGAGUACUUAUAUAUAAAAUCUAUAACACUUGCUUUUUUUUUUCAAGCUAUUCAUCGUUUAGAUUCUGAUGCAACACAGCCACUUCUUCCUACUUAAGUCAACAGUUGACUUUUGAAAUGAAAGAAGAUAAAUAAAAAUAUGAGUUACUUGUCACGUAUAUGGUUUAUGAGGUUUAAUGUAUUUUGGUUAGUAGAUUAUUGUUGAUAUAACUUAUAAGUUGUGUUUUUGAAGGUGAAAAAGAGAUGUUUUUAGUUUUUACAUAUGCUAUACUAUGGCUCUAUUGCUCUAACUUUGUCAUUUUAUAAAUUUGUCUUAUUUUAGUCAUUUGCACCUUCUGUGGGUGAACUUCAACACCCAAACUCGUGGCUCUGGCUGCUGGUUUCCAUUAGCUCUAACACAAGGUUUGGG